AUAUAAAAUAAGUUAUACGCAUUCCAUAUAAUUUUAAUAAAAUUAAAUAUACAUUAAAAUUGUAUUAAUUAUAUUAAAAUAUGAGCUCAAGUGGUGACUCGCAACAAUUGAUAAAUGAAUUUAUGCUACGUGAAGAUGAGGACUUGUCAGGAGAUGAUUCUGACAACAAACAGAGUGGCUCAAGUUUUAUGUUAAGGGAGCAGGAUCGUUUUCUGCCUAUAUGUAAUAUAAUAAAAAUAAUGAAAGUUCCGGUACCAGAAAAUGGUAAAAUUGCGAAAGACGCCCGUGAAUGCAUACAAGAAUGUGUUUCGGAAUUUAUUUCAUUUAUAACAUCAGAGGCUAUUGAACGAAGUAUAGCAGAGAAUCGGAAAACUGUGAAUGGAGAUGAUUUAUUGUAUGCAUUUGCCAAUCUAGGAUUUGAUAAUUAUGUUACUCCGUUAUCAGAAUACUUGCACAAAUUUCGAGAGUCAACGAAAUCUGAUCGUAACCUAUAUCACAAUGAAACUAUACUUCAAGAUGAUUCCUCGAGUGAGAUUCCAACGAAUGGAAGCAACAAUAACAACAACAACAAUAAUACCAACAACGACAGCAGUCAAACCGUUAGUGGAGUUGUUUAUACAACAUUACCAACAGUAACCAGCAAUGCAGCGGCUAUAACUGACAGCCAUGUAACCAGCAUGCAAGCAUGCGCAACGAGCUCCACCAGUUACAAUCCACAACAUAUGCACAGUAGUGGAACGACUAUUCAAGUUACACAAACUCAAAGCAUAACCAUAACGCCAACGACAACAAUGACCGUCGCUGGUCCAACAACGAACAGUGUGGACAAUGCAGCCAUGACGUUACGUCGCUCUGCAAGACUCUCAACACGUCCGCAAAUGUCCCAUUUGACAACAUUGAAUAACGAUGUGGCAAGUGCUGUUAAUGCCGAGUUGCUGACACCAGAAACACAUAUGGUAUUCUUUGAUGCUGACAAUAUACCAACUCAUAUUAUCCCAACACACCAGCAACAAACACAGCAGCAGCAGCAACAGCAACACCAGCUGCUGUCAAAUACUAGCAACAAUUUCAUGCAUAUUUAGAGGAACUCAACAAUUGUGCAAGUUAAAGUAUUUAGAUUUAUUUAUAAAAGUAAUAUUUAUUGUUAUAAAUAACAGUUUUAUAUUAGUGGGAACUGUAUGUAUAUUAUAACUUAUUGUUUGUAGAUAUAUUUUAGUUAAUUUUUUUUCAACGUAUAUAGUUUGUUAAUUGAGUCUUUUUAUAAGAUUUCGGUUGAGGUAACUGUUUUAAGGGUGCACCAUUGAAGCUUUAAUGCAAAUAGUCAGGAGAUUGUAACAAAUGACUGCAGUAGUAGUUACUUAGACAAGGGAGUAGAGAAGUUUGUAAUGCAUAUACAAACAACAGAAAAAAUGCUUUGAUUUCUGGUAAAUAUCUUUACAAUACUUAAGAAUUUGAAUUUGGAAAAAAGUAACAGUAUUGUAUUAUUAGC